CACGAACUGUCGGCCCGUCAAAAACUAGGUAAUGAGCGCUCCUGUCAAGCCAUUGCUGGCAGCGUACGCCGUGCUCGUCCACUCCGUUUAGUUGCGCUCGUUUUGUUUCAGUUCCUCGUCGCUUUUCUUUAGUACACGUGCACCUGCUCCCCAAGAUGCCUUCUUUCGCCCCGGCUUCGUGCUGGAGCAUGUCGCUCCGUCUGGUCGAAACCAAGCCGCGAACUGUUGCCGUCACGAUGCUGAUGCUUGUUGUGUGGGCAACAACCUACUGGCUGAGGGCCGCGAAAACGCCGGAGCUGCUGCUGGCCGCGCGGGCGAGCGAGGACCUUUCCAGCGUGCUGCCGAUGUGCAAAGCAACGGAGGCAGAGGAGAAUCCAUCGUCACCCCCUUCGUCUUCAAAAGGCCCAGAGCUCGGCGAGCGAAGGAGAACUUUCUCUACGACGAGCGGGGAAACAACCGACCGCGAGAUAACAGGGACGGCCCGCCCGAUAGACGAAACUACAAAACCUGUAGGCCACGAGCAAGCCGCCCGGUCUCUCGUAGUAGACGAGCAGCACGAGAAUAAAAACGGCGUUCUUCCAAAAAGUGAAGACGUACUCGAAGCUUUCGGCGCGAAGACAAAGCCCGCGCCGCCCCCGAGAUCGGACUGGACCUGCGUCGGCGGCCAGAACGAGAUCCUUGGGCACGGCGGCUACACCAGUCGGAACGAGCAGCGCCAGUGCGUCUUUCGCAAUGUGUGCUACGAUCUGCAAGCGGAAGAUUUUAUCUUUGUGGGCGAGCCGGACCGACCAACGUUGUACGAUCGGCAGUACGGGAUCCAGCGCAAGUUCCGCUUCCGCCGCGAGGAGGGCGAUCCGUUCUUCGCCGAUUUUGUCAGCCUGCAGGCGAGAACGAAGUUCAAUCCUAUCGGCGGGAAUAAAGCAGGUUGCAAUGAUGAGCUGUGUCGCUUUGAUAACCACCAGGUUUUUGAUUUGUUUUCAUCCCGAGCACGGUCCGUCAUGAAUUGAAUGCUUAUGCUCUACACUUGCCAGUCGCAGUCCUCUAUCAUUGCAAAUUUUUCCCGCCAAAUAUUCCGAGAAGGAUCCGAUUCGCACCUGGUCGUUCCGCGACAAGCUAGAAGCAAAGCCGACCAGCGCUUUCAGCGACAAGCCCGCGGUGAAGAAAGACAUCGAGACCAGCUACUACGGGAAAACGAAAGGGCGGCCACGGUACCCGAAUUCGUUUGCUCCGAGGGUUGAGAAGAAGGCCGGUUGGAAGGCAAGUUACAAAGAGGGCGAGGACGUGUUUCUGCAGCUUCCCGGCGUGCACGUGUUAUUCGACCAGGCGGACCCGUUUAACCUCGGACACGUUCUGUGGGAGGACAUGUUCGGCAUCUACUCCGCGCUGCGAACCCUGGACGUUUUACCGAUGAACGAGGUUUUGUUGCAGCAGGAAAACAAGAGUGCAGCAGCCCCCGGGGAUGGUGCUUCGAAAACUUCUGCUAGCGCAGUAGAGGACCCAAGAACCCAUCUCCUCUCCUUUCUCCACCUCCAGAGCUGCGAAGAGGCUGCGGGCUUUGACGCCGGACGCGCCAAGAUCUGCCACAAAUUUCGCCACGCCUUCGGUGCGCAUCUGUUGGCAAAGAGUACAACUGCGAGCACAUCAAGAACAACUUCUUCUACGGGUGCUGCUGGCGGCGCUUCAGAAGUUGUACAACCUCCAUCACCGCCUGGCGGUACCAUGCACAACUUCACCAGCAGCACGGGGUUGCGGCCGGGGCACUUUGUCGACCUCACGUCCCUGCUGGCGACGAUGGAAAAGCAGUUUAUUCAAGCUGGGCCCGGAACGUCGUCGGCUCCAACUGGCAAAAAUCUCCGCUACAUUUGUUUCGAAAACCUCGUCCUCCCCGGCCGAAACGGGGUUUUUGAUUCCACGGAGCUGAACGCCGGGAAAACCUCGUUGUUGCACGAAUUCCGCAGAAGUUUGCUUCUGUGGCACCAGCUGGACCCGAAUUUCGUACCGGAAAAACCAAAAGUCGUCCUGGUGGAAAAACACGGCAAGCGCGGCUUCCACAACUUCGCGCAAAUCGCGAAAGCGGUGAGGGAGAGAGGACUGGAGCUCGAGAAGACCCUCGCGUUUGGAGGAGGCUCUCGGGCAGAGGAGGUGCAGCAGAGUGAUAGUACACCCAGCCUUAUCUGCCGCACGUCGUGGCGCCUGCCGACAUUCAGAGCGCAGCUGCAAUUACUCCUCCGAACGACCGUGCUAAUCACGCCGUCGGGGGGCAUUUCCACCAUCCUGCCCUUCCUUCCCAAGGGCAGUUUCGUCAUUCUCCCCACCUACCAGGCCCCCGUCGGGUUUUUCGCACGACCCUUCUCCUCUCUCAUGGCGCUGCUGUUCCGACCGUGGGGCCACGGUGCGCAGGUCUCACAGGAGGAAAACGCGAAGAUUCGGGCAUUCGUGCAAAAUGGUGACCAUGCGGAGAUCGCUGGCGCGGGAGGACAAGAGAGAGCUGCGACAAUGCUGCCGCGACCAACAUCCACAGAGAACGACAAUUUCAACGCCCUCCGCAGUUCCAGUUUCUGGCUGAAAAUCCAGGACAAACUCCGUUUCGGGAACCACAUGGGCGAGUGUCUCGGCUGUCCGAAUGGCAUGGAGGACGAGCUGUGGCAGCACUUUCCGCACGUGAAGAAGAUGCGAUACCAAGUGUUUUCCUGGAGCGAGUUCGAGAACUCCGAACCCGGUCGGGACUCCGCCGUGAUUUUAAACCCAGAAAGAUUAGUGCCUUUGCUGGAAACCGCGCUGUACAGCUGGAGGAAUAGCAAGAACGCGAAGGAAAAAUUUGCUCAUGCUCCUGAGAAGAAGGACGAUACCAGGAAGUAGAACGUAUGCAUGCAUGUAACUGAUGAAGUUGAGGAUUUUACGAUGCAAGAAAGAACGACACGCAGGAUGAAUCUGAAU